AUGCGGCACGAGUUUUGGAAGGCCCAAGUGUUGGUGGAGAGAGCCAUUGAUGCAGUGGAUGCGGCAAAUGCCCAGUUGGCAUUAGGGGGAAUGUAUGUGUCUAAAGCUCAGACACAGCUCUUAGCAUGGGAAGAAGCAGAGAAGUCGAAGGAGGAUGAGCAUGCUCAGAGAAAAUUAAAUGAGCAAGAGUUGGAACGAUGGAAGGAAGAGGCUAAGGAGCGGUGGAAAGUGUUCAACAACUCACAGAAGGCAGAAAUAACAAGCUGGCACAAAGAAAAAGCGCACUUGGCCGCACUCAAACAAAAAGCACCACCAAAGCCACUGGAGGUCCAAAUGAGGGAGUGGAUGGCCAAAGAUUAUCCACAGCUUCAACAAAACAAGCCCUUCACAUCACUGGAGGAUGCAGGACAAUCAGUGGAAGCGGGCAACAUCUGUCCGGCAUGA